AUGGUGGCCUUACCCCUUAGAGCCGUUUGGCCUGCCCCGGCUGACCCAAGCCACUUACAGUUACUACAGUAUUGGCCCUUCUCUUCCUCUGAUCUUUUAAACUGGAAAACUCAUCAUCCUUCUUUCUCUAAGAACCCAGCAGGGCUAACAAAUUUAAUAGAAUCACUGAUGUAUUCGCAUCAGCCCACUUGGGAUGGUUGCCAGCAGCUUUUACAGACCCUAUUCACCACAGAGAGAGAGAGAAUACUUUCAGAAGCCUGGAAAAAUGUCUGGAAUGAUAACAGGCUCCUGGUCCAGGAUGAAGCUACUAUUGCUGAGAGAUUCCCGCAGACUCAGCCCCAAUGGGACUAUCACACGGCUGAAGGCAGGGAACGGCUGUCCAUUUAUAGCCGGACUCUAGUGGCGGGUCUCAGAGGGGCUGCGAGAAGGCCCACCAAUUUGGCUAAGGUAAGGGAAGUUAUGCAGGGAACUACUGAGCCCCCUUCAGUGUUUCUUGAGAGACUUAUGGAAGCCUAUAGGAGGUAUACCCCUUUUGACCCUAUGUUGGAAGGACAACGAGCAUCUGUGAUCAUGGCUUUCAUUGGGCAGUCUGCCCCUGACAUCAGAAAGAAGCUUCAGCGUAUUGAAGGGUUGCAGGAUUACACUAUUAGAGAUGUGGUAAAAGAGGCAGAAAGAGUGUAUCAUAAGAGGGAGACUGAGGAGGAGAAACAAGAAAGAGAAAAGAAGGAAAGGAAAGAGGAUGAGGAAAGGAGAGAUAGGAAAAAGGAGCAGAACCUGACACGAAUACUGGCCGCAGUGAUAGGUGGAGAAAGAGGGAAUAGGGUUAGACAGCUAGGGGACCUGGGUGGUGGACAGCAGGGCCCAAGGAGACCCAGGAAGAUGGAGCCACCCCCACUUGAUAGAAACCAGUGCGCAUUUUGUAGAGAGAAAGGUCAUUGGGCUCGUGAGUGUCCCAACAAGAGAAAGACAAAGACUCUGGCUCUGGGGGAAAGCAAUGAGGACUAGGGGAGAUGGGGCUCGGCCCCCCUCCCCGAGCCCAGGGUAACCCUGAGAGUGGAGGGGACCCCUAUGAAUUUUUUGAUAGACACGGGAACCGAAUACUCAGUAUUGCAGCAACCUUUGGGAAAAAUAAAAGAUAAAAAGACAUUGGUCAUUGGAGCCACAGGGCAAAAACAAUACCCGUGGACUACCUCCUGAACUGUAAAUCUGGGAAAGAAGCAAGUAACCCACUCUUUUCUAGUGAUACCAGAAUGCCCCACACCUCUGUUAGGGAGAGAUUUGUAUAAACUCAAGGCUCAGAUUACUUUUGCCCCCAGCAGACCACAGUUGUCAUGGGGAGCUGAAACUCAUUCAACUUUAGUGCUGUCUCUACAGAUGGGAGAAGAAUACAGAUUGUACCAGAACCAACAGGAACCAUCUGUAGACAUUCAGAAUUGGCUAGAUCAGUUUCCUCAAGCCUGGGCAGAAACUGGUGGAAUGGGAAUGGCAAAACAAGUGCCCCCAGUGGUAAUUGAGCUUAAAUCUGGUGCCACACCUAUAGGGGUAUGACAAUACCCUAUGAGUAAGGAAGCGAGAGAGGGUAUAAGCCCCCACAUAAACAGACUGAUUCAACAGGGGAUCCUGGUUCCUUAUAAGUCUCCAUGGAACACUCCCCUACUCCCAGUAAAGAAACCCAGAACCAAUGAUUAUCGCCCAGUACAAGACUUGCGAGAAGUGAAUAAAAGAGUACAAGACAUUCAUCCUACUGUGCCUAAUCCAUAUAAUCUGCUAAGUACAUUACCACCUGAGCGAAUGUGGUAUACAGUUCUAGAUUUGAAAGAUGCUUUCUUUUGUCUGAGAUUACACCCCAGUAGCCAACUCCUGUUUGCAUUUGAAUGGCGAGACCCUGAAGAUGGAAAAACUGGACAACUUAUAUGGACGAGACUACCACAAGGGUUUAAGAACUCUCCCACUCUGUUCGAUGAGACCCUACAUCGUGACCUCGCCUCAUUCCGAGCCAAAAACCCCCAGGUGACUCUCUUGCAGUAUGUUGAUGACAUCCUGAUAGUGGUGGAAACCCGAAGAGAAUGUGAAGUGGGGACUCAGAAGCUUUUGGCUGAGUUAGGUGAGUUGGGGUACCGGGCUUCUGCUAGAAAGGCACAGCUAUGCCAGACAGAGGUAACCUAUCUAGGGUACACUCUGAGAGAAGGACAGAGAUGACUUACUGAGGCAAGGAAGCAAACGGUGAUGCAGAUCCCGGCCCCAACCAACCCCCACCCCCAGCAGGUGAGAGAGUUCCUGGGAACUGUGGGGUUUUGCAGACUUUGGAUUCCAGGGUUUGCUACCCUGGCAGCCCCACUUUAUCCUUUGACCUGAGGAAAGGGAGAGUUCGUUUGGACGGAGGAACACCAGUUAGCUUUUGAGACUUUAAAGAAGGCAUUGUUACAGGCUCCUGCUUUGGCAUUGACAGAUCUAAGAAAGCCUUUUAUUUUAUAUGUUGAUGAAAGAAAAGGAGUUGCUAGAGGGGUUCUUACUCAAAGGCUAGGACCCUGGAAAUGACCGAUAGCUUAUCUGUCAAAGAAAUUGGACCCUGUGGCGAGUGGAUGGCCCUCUUGUUUGAAAGCAAAAGCAGCAACAGCCAUGCUUGUGAAAGAUGCUGAUAAAUUGACUAUGGGACAAAAUGUGAAUGUGAUAGCCCCUCAUGCACUAAAAAGUAUUAUCAGACAACCACCGGAUCGAUGGAUGUCCAACGCCCGAAUGACUCAUUACCAAAGUUUGUUGUUGACUGAACGAGUGACUUUUGCUCCGCCUGCUAUCCUCAAUCCGGCCACCCUGCUGCCGGAGACUGGUGAAACCCCAGUGCAUCAGUGUGAAGAAAUAUUGGCCGAAGAGACCGGCACUAGGACAGAUUUAACAGACCAACCGUGGCCUGGGGUAAGAGCCUGGUAUACAGAUGGAAGCAGCUUUGUGGUAGAAGGUAAGCGAAGAGCGGGAGCUGCGGUGGUGGAUGGGGAAUCCAUCCUAUGGGCUAGUAUCCUACCAGAGGGGACAUCAGCCCAAAAAGCAGAGCUUAUAGCCCUAAUUCAGGCUUUGAAAUUGGCAGAAAGAAAGACUAUUAAUAUAUAUACAGAUAGCCGAUAUGCUUUUGCAACGGCUCAUGUUCACGGAGCCAUUUAUAAACAGAGGGGACUACUGACAUCUGCCAGUAAAGAAAUUAAAAACAAGGAAGAAAUUCUCAGCUUAUUGGAGGCUAUCCAUUUGCCACGCAAGGUGGCGAUCAUACACUGUCCGGGACACCAAAAAGGAGAUGGACCGGUAGAAAGAGGGAACCAAAUGGCUGACCAAGCCACUAAGGCAGAGGCACAAGGACCUAUGAUUUUAACCAUGAUGGCUGCGGACACGGGAGAAUUAUCGUGGAGAAAACAGAAAAGGGAUCCCCUGGAUGAAGAGGAAGGGUAUGCCUACUUGACAAAUAUACAUGCCCUUAUUCAUCUGGGGCCUAAAAAGAUGGCUGAGUUGGCAGCUAAGUCUCCGUAUUAUUUUAUCCCGGGGUCAAGACAAAUAGCAGAAAAGAUAGUGAAGAAUUGUAAAGCAUGUGCCCUAACCAAUGCAGGGUCAAGUAAGAUCCAAACGGGAAAGCGUCUCCGUGGUGACAGACCGGGAACCUUCUGGGAAGUGGAUUUCACUGAAAUUAAGCCUGCUCAAUACGGAAAUAAAAAUCUUUUAGUCUUUAUAGACACUUUUUCAGGUUGGGUGGAAGCUUUUGCCACCAAGAAAGAGACAGCUAAUGUAGUGGCUAAGAAGAUCAGAAGAAAUUUUCCCUCGGUUUGGAAUUCCUUGGAAAAGAAGCCUGGGAGCAGCUUAAGAACUCUUACUCAGCUGGUGACCUCCAAAUACCACACGGUCCUGGUGAGGAGACACCAAGUGGGAAACCUUGAGCCCUGGUGGAAAGGCCCAUACUUAGUCCUGCUGACGACCCCCACAGCCAUGAAGGUAGACGGUAUUGCUACGUGGGUCCACGCCUCCCAUGUGAAGAGAGCACCUCCUGAUUCUCAGCAAGAUGACUGGACUUUGGAAAGAACUGAUAACCCUCUUAAGCUUCACCUACGUCAUAGGCACCUCCCAGGUCCAGACUCUCUAAGUUGCAACUUCAUUGUCAAGCAUCGUGCCUCAACUGGACAGUGCUCAGUGAAUGGAAAGCCUCUCUUUUAUUUUGAUUAUGAAAAACAGAAGGGAAAUGCCGCUGAGGUGUGUGCUGAUUUGUACCAAAGCCUGAAAGAUACUUUUGAUAAGAUGACGAACCUGGAAUCAGAGCGAUUCAAAACCGAGGGUGAUCACUCCUUGCAGGUCACCAUACAAUCUCAAUAUAAUCAAGGAAAAUUCAUUGGUGGACUCUGGGCCUUCACCAUCGAUGAACAGUAUUCCUUCUACUUUUAUCCAAACAACACCUGGAGAGAGAGUCAUUCUAAUGCCAUCAAGACCAUGAAGAAAUGGGAGAACAACAGGGAACUAUCCCAAAAUCUUAGGAAACUCUCCACGGGAGAUUUCACUAGCUGCCUCAAGAAACCGACACACUCCAGAGAAAUGCCACGAUCAACAAUGAAGAUGCUGGAUACCACCCAGCCUACAUAUGCCACUCAGAUGCAUCCUAUAGUGAAUACCACCCAGCCUACAUAUGGCACCCACAAUCAACCUACAGCAAAUAUCACCCAAGUUACUUUUGGCACCCAGAGUCUGAGUAUCACUGUGACAGUGAUUGGUAUUGUUGGUGGACUGUUCGUAAUCUCCAUGGCCAUCUUUUGUUUUAACAAGGUGCUAAAGAAAAAAAAGGCAUGGCCAAGGUUGGACCUUGUGGUGACCAUCAAACUAGAAGAGUGUAAGAGCCAGCCUGGUGGUACUCGUUUUGAAGAUGUGAAGGGGUCAUGUAGAGCAGUGGAGGUUGGACACUGUGUGGCAGUGUUGGAGUCCAUGAAGAGAGCCCUGGACAGGCUCCUGGUGAACGUGUGCUUGGAGCAGAAGACUCCAGCAUUCUGGAGAUGCCAGUGCUAUGGGAUGACUACCUAG